UAGUAGUAUUACGUUUGAACCCAACCCGUGAGCAAAGCUGAUGGUAAUAACUUUUUCGCAUCAAAGCGCAACUUUUUGAGGGUGGCAGUGAUCAAAUAGCGUCGCGCAAACACCAAAAGCUAUUUUAGGGCUUGAGGAAACUUGCUUCAAUAAGCACCGUUGUGUUGUGGUGUUGUGAAGGCUCGUGUUCGUUCACUUUUACUUUCAUUUGUGGCGCAACACAGUGUUUGAGAGUCGUGUCCCAAAAAUAUAAUUCACUCAACGCGAAGGCUGGCGACCGAUCAAACACGGUGGAACAAUUUUAAUGUGCAUGGAACGUUCGAAUUAUGGUGCGGUGUGAUUGCACAUCUUCUGGUGCUCGCGACUGCCCUACGGCGACCACAGUCGCGAGUGCCUUUUAGGACUAUUUAUUCUCUGGGUUGUCCUUGACAAAAUUACUAAAAUCGCCAUGUACUCUGAGGAACAGGAUUCCCACGGCUUAUUAACCUUGCAUUAUGGCAAACAUCAUGCAACUAUAGUGGACGAAAUUAAAACUUGUUUUGCCUCUGAGAACUUUGCCGAUAUGACAUUCGUAUGUGACGAUAAAACAACUUUAAGCGCUCAUAAAUUAAUAAUGGCGGCAGCGAGUCCUUUAGUGCGACGCAUUCUUGGAGAGAGCGCCCAUGCUCACGGGCCCAGCGUUGUGCUCAUCCCAGGAAUAAAAAGCUGCCACCUCCGACACUUGCUCGAUUUUUUAUACAACGGGCAAGCUUGCGUUAAGUCUAGCGAAUUGGAUAGUAUACAGGAGUUGUUCGAACUAUUGCAAAUUAAAUCGGACAUGUGGCAGUCUUCGUCGACCGAAGAGGCCAAAUGUCAAUCCGAACCCGACAACAGUUACGACAAUCCAGACUUGAUGGUAGUUAAAAGAGAAACGGAUGAUGAUGAAAAAGAAGAAGGCGAAAUUAAAGACGAUGAAGAUGACACUUUGGACGAAAAUAAUAUUUCGGAAGAAGACGGCUCGUCACCAAACCCAGUGAAUCUAUCUUUGAACACAAAAAAUACCGAUGAAGAAAAAGAUAUCGAUGACGAUAACAGUUCGGAGCAACUAGAAAAGAAGAAUUCUGAUGUGUUAAAAAUCGGACAAACAACUGUAAAAAUAGCUCCAAAAGUCCACGAAUUGUCCCAGUUUCACCACCACCGAAUGAAACGCAAAAGUAUGUAUAUUGAACCCAUCGACUUGAAAAAUCAAGAAGAACUUUCCCAAUUGAAACCACCAAUAGCUGACCAAAAACUGAUCUCGUUGGUGCAAAGUCCAGACAAUUACGUUGUCACCCCUCACCGCAAACGCAGACCUGGUUUCCAUAAUUCUCCGGCACAAAAUCCACCAUUUGUUCCUUUUUCGCCGUCUUAUAUCGACGAUGCCGUCCAUCACCAGCAUCACAGAUACAAGAACUUACCACCUUUAAUAGCAGCUCACCAUCCUUUAUCGCUGUCCGCGCCUCCGUUUCUAGUGGACAGAAUCCAUACUCCAACGCCGGGACAGCACUCCGAUACCGUGGGGCCCCCGGACAACGUCGUUGUCAAAUACAGGCCCCCUAGUGCGGAUCAAGGCGUUACUUCUGAGGCGUACCAGAAUUUUGAACACACUUGGGGCGCUUGGUCGCUGUGCCAAACUCAAGUGAAUCCGUCUUCGAGUAAUGAAGAUUCUCGCGAUCCACCCGCGUCAUUUUCAGUUGGUGGUGGCGGUAGUGGUAGUGGUGGCGGUGGAGUUUCUAGUGCCGGUGGUGGCGAUACUGCGGAAAGUUCGUCACAUGCUUCUAUCACCACGAAGCAAGUACUUCCGACAGUGCAAGUUCGGGAAUAUCGGUGUGAGUACUGUGGGAAACAGUUUGGGAUGUCGUGGAAUUUGAAGACGCACUUGCGAGUUCACACAGGAGAGAAACCAUUCGCGUGUCGGUUGUGUGUCGCGAUGUUCAAACAGAAAGCACAUUUAUUGAAACAUUUGUGUUCGGUGCAUAGGAACGUUAUAUCAUCAAAUGAUGGGAAUUCUGGACGUUUUAAUUGUUGUUUCUGUCCGUUGUCGUUUGAAUCUUUACCCGAAUUAAUUAGGCAUUUGUCAGGACCACACAAUAACUUACUUCUAAGUAAAAACAUGCACGAGCUUAAAUAACAUUCCAUUUACCGAUUGCAUGAGGUCGUACAUGAUGGUUAUAGAACGACCACAUCAAUUUCGAUUCGUUGAAUUGUGAUAUAAUUAAUUGAUAUAAUCCCAAUAGUGCCUUUCCUAUGAACAUAAUGCGUAAUUGUAAUGUAGCUCGGCAACCCUCAGGGAUGUAGUCUUUAGUUUUAGUCCUGGGAACAGGCACUAAAGCAAGGGGACCUGUCGUGCUUGGAACUUGACCGAUGCCUUCCUUCAUUAUUGUUAUAAUUUUAUUAAUUAGUAGAAACAAUCUCAACCGUUCUUGUGUUCAAUGAUUAUCGUACUUAGUGCUAUGCGUGGUGUGUAUGACAAAUGAUUGCAAUUAUGUAUAUAUGUAUUUUUUUUUCACAGAAAACAAAAUGUCUGUUGUUAUAUACAUCACAAGUGGAUGCAUAUUAUACAGUAGAUACAUUUACUAGAAAUGCUGCAUAUUAAUACUUUUUUGUUUUUCUUUCAUGCAUUCGUCCAAAGCAUUUAUAGUUUAUGUAUAACAGAUUGUAUAAUUUUUUUCCGAUUUAUAGUUUUUACUACAAAACUGAAAUAGAUAAACGUAUAUUUUUUAUAUACACACCAAAGAAUUAAAAAUUAAAUUCACUUUAAGCGAAUAAAACUCUAUAUUUAAACUAUUCACCUCUUUUAAAAAAGUGCUCUCGGUUUAUAUUCCGUGAAUGGAACAAAGGCCAUUAAAGUAGUUUUUGUAGAAAAGAUGAUAUGCAAAAAAUACUCAAUUUCGCCUUGAAAAUUACCAAAUGAAAAUGUGUUGGCUUACGACUUCAUACAAAAUGUGGUACAAACAUGGUAAAAUAAUAGUUAUGUAAAUUUUGUACAUAGUAGUUUAUAAAUAAUGUAUUUACAAAAUAAAAUAGUCUUUUUCUAAAA